AUCCGAAAUUUCGUAAAACUUAUUUUAUUUAUCAUCAGGAUCUAAAUUUUCAAUAAAAUGUCGCACGGCGAACGCAAAGCUCGUCUCAAUAUGGUGAAAUUUUUAGAAUUGGCAUUUUCAAUAGCGUGCCUUGUGCUCCAUUUUUAUAGUUUCAAUGAUCGGGACAUAAUGACCUCAUUUUUGGCCACAGGCACCUUUACCGGUUACAUUAUAGUUGUCGUUGGUGUUUUUGCAGGUGCCCUGAUGCGUGCGCCAAUACACAAGCGCAUUGAUAUUUUCUUCAGCGUGCUGGGCUGUGCUCUAUUUGUGGCCAGCGGGGUAUUCAUCAUAGAAGCCUGGGAGUUUUCCUUUCGGACGCGCACACGCGAUCUGGCUUUGAUCAAGGCAUCAUUAUCGAUUGUGAAUGGAGUGCUCUUUGGAUUCGAUGCAAUAUUUACAUUUCGAGAUAAGUGAACUCUAACCGGAGAGGAUAAGAAAACGCAUUGCAUUUACAUAGAUCUGCAGCAAUAUGCAUACAUAUAUAUAAUCAACACAACAUCUAUACUAAAACAUAACUCUUUUCACAAUAUGAAAUAUUUCAU